AUGGCCACGAGCCGCGCCUUCACUCAAUGCCGCCUCCGACCUUUACAUGCCUACUCAUCUCGCCCAUCAACACGAUCCACGGCUCCUCGCCCGCGCACUUCACCCAUUCGAGCCCAAAGACCCAUGAGCGUCAUGUCCCGCAGCUACCAAGACGCCCUCCAAAAGCUCGCCGAGCUUCAGUCCAACCGCACCGUCACCCAGCUCUUCGGCAGCACCCCCGAGCAAAGCAACGCCAAGGCCCGGGACUUGAAUGCCGUCGCCAUCCCAGAGGUCAUCCGGUGGCUCGGCCGCGCGGGCUACUCGACCGACGACCUCUGCCGCAUGCGUCACAUCCACGUCGCGGGCACAAAGGGCAAGGGCUCGGUCUGCGCCUACGCGACCUCGAUGCUGCGGCGGUACGGCGCCGUGGGGACGUACACGAGCCCGCACCUCGUCAGUCCCAGGGAGAGGAUCGCCAUCGACGGCGAGCCCGUCUCCCAGGAACUGUUUGCCGCGGCGUUCUUCGAGCUCUGGGACCGGUUUACGGAGGCGGCGAGGAGGGAGGGCAGGGAUGCUGCCGCUGCAGAGGGGCCGGGCUCGAAGCCCUUCUUUUUCAGGUUUCUCACCAUUAUGGCGUGGCACAUCUUUCUGGGGCGGGGGGUGAGGAAUGUCGUCAUGGAGUGUGGGAUUGGCGGCGAGUACGAUGCCACGAAUGUCCUGCCCGCGCGUGCUGUUUCCGCGGCGGUGAUUUCGCAGUUGGGCGUGGACCAUGUCGCCAUGUUGGGGGAUACGGUUGAGAAGAUUGCCUGGCACAAGGCGGGGGUGCUCAAGGACGGGGUGAAGGGGUUUACGGUGAGAGCCGAGCCGAGUGUGAUGGGCGUGCUGAGGCAGAGGGCGGCCGAGAAGAAGGCCACGCUUGUCGAGGUUGACCCUGAUGAGGUUGCGGCGUGGCGUGGCGUCGAGGGGAACUUGAAAGGCGGGUUUCAGAAGAUGAACCAGGCCUUGGCUGUGCUGGCCGUGAGGGAGCAUUUGAACAUGGGCGGUGGAGGAUGGGAGGACUUGCCCGAUGAGAUGGCGAGCGGGCUGAGAGAAGCUACAUUGAGAGGUCGCUGCGAGGUCGUUCAUGACGGCGAACAAACGUGGCUACUUGAUGGGGCGCACACGAGGGAGAGUCUGGCCGAGGUGGCCAGGUGGUUGCGUGAGAAUGUUCAAGAGGGCCAAGAGGUGAUACUGGUGUUUAACCAGCAGGAGAGGAAUGCGGGCGAGCUGCUGGCGGGUUUUUUGCGCGAGGUCAACGAGGUGACUGGGUGGGAGGUGUUCAAGUCUGCCGUGUUUACGAGGAACGAGCUCAAGGGGGGAGGAGAUGGAGAUGUGGCUGUCCAGGAGGGCGCGGCGAAGACGAUGAGGGACAUUGUGCCCGCUUGCGAUACGGCGGUAUUUGAUAACGUCGAGGAUGCGGUUCUACAUGCCAGGAACCUCGUACGGAACAAGGCAAAGGGGAAGGUUCUAGUCACGGGGAGCAUGCACCUCGUGGGUGGUGUAUUACGGGUUCUAGAGCCCGAUGGUCUAUUAUAG